GCCCAUGAACCUCCCUUGUCAGUAGCCGGCGCUUUCUCAGACGGGCACGCCUGCCGCUGCUCCGCCCUCCCGCCUCCACCGACGGCGACCUCGCUUCUCUACGGCCGGCUGCCAACCCAACCGCCGUCUCUACCAGAUAGGCCGCCACCGCAUCCUCCUACCCACCCCCCUUAAGCAUCAGCAGAUCUACGGCGACCGGUCAAACCAACCUAGCGGCCCUCCCAAGCCAUGGUGUUCGUGUCCAUGCAGCAGAGGUUGUAAUGUACCCAACACCACUGCUAGCCACUAAAGCCACUGUACCAGUUAACCCGAAGCCUUUCCUGAACAACCUGACAGGGAAGUCUGUUAUUGUCAAACUGAAGUGGGGUAUGGAGUACAAAGGGUACCUUGUUUCUGUGGACUCUUACAUGAAUCUGCAGCUUGCUGAUACAGAGGAGUAUAUUGAUGGACAAUUCUCUGGAAAUCUUGGAGAUAUACUGAUAAGGUGCAACAAUGUUAUGUAUAUGCGUGGCGUUCCAGAGGAUACCGAGAUAGAGGAUGCAGUGUGAGAAGACAUGGACCGCUGUCACGCGUAGAUAUCUGACAUGAACGUGCCAAUCUAGCCCCGUUUCAGAUGUUGUCUCCAUUGAUGCAGGAUGUACGAUUUACCUGCUCCCAUGCUAUCUACAUGUUUGGUUGUACUGGUGACCAGAUUUUUCAGUUUUCAAUCGUCUGGAUGGUGCUAUCGUCCUUGCUGAGUGUUAGAAGUACUGAAUUUCUUGAGCAAUUCUAUUUUGGCGUGCCUGGUUUUGGAAACUAUAUGCCGAAUUGACCCUCCGUUCCUACCUCA